AUGGCUUCCAUAUCAUUCCGAACUCCCGAGAAGUCGAACGAUGAGAACAAACCUCUUCCUCGAACUCCUCGAACGCCCAGCUCACAUAAGCUUCAAGAUUUGGGACGGACAUCUUCCCAAAAGAAAGCUCGACAGAUUUUUGAUAGUCUAAGAAGCUUAAAGUCACGCGGAAAAGCCAGCAGUGAUGCAGAAGACGAGAGUGCCCAGUCUGCUGGCGCCGGCAGUCCCAUUCGCCGCAAAAACUCAACGUGGGACCUCUUUGGUACCAUUCGAUCCAAGAAAUCUGGUGAAUUUGGUGUUCAUGAAAAGGAAAGACCUCUCACCACAACACCUUUGAGACCAGGACUGGAAAUCGGUGACGCUCCAGAGCUCCUUCCAAGAAGGCGAAAAAGUCUUGUUAACAUGCUCGGAUCGAUCUCCACUAAGGUAUCCUCUAGACGAAAUACAAACUUACGAGAGGUCCCACUCAAUGGAGAAAGAUUGCCAGAUUAUUGCGAAGAGGAUAUAUUUGCCGAGAGAUUAGCAAAAGAGUUGGCACAUUUAAAGGUCGAUUCCCCAAUUCCUGCACAUACAUCAACAUCGAUUAGACAAUCAAGAUUUCCAAAUGAAAGGUUAGGAGGAGCGAACGCUUUAGGAGCCGAUCACAAUGGCAUAAUUGAAAAUUUCAAAAUCCGACAACUCGAUGACCUCCUCAAUGAUCGAGAUGGAUAUGACGCAAAGAGCUGGACAAGUAAAGCACAGACACUACAGAAUGAAGAGUCAGAUGAACAAGUGGCGAGUCAGACACCGACAACAGACGAAGACGGAUCGAAGACGCCCGACUCCUACCUUCGCUCAAUGAUCAAGUCCUUCGACGACUACAACAGUGAACCAACAGUUCUCAAAAGCAAAGGAGCGAAUGUUUCCGCGUCACCAUCCCCUGACAAGCUAGCGCCAACGAAACCCGUUGAUUUCCUCAAAGAUUUGAGUCCAGAUGUGAUCCCAAGUAAUCAAUCCAUAGAAACCACUUCAUCACUCGUUUUCCAUACUGAUAAGCCCGAAAGAUUCGAGAGAAUAUACCGCGAGGAGAAACAACCGAUGAUCACGAUUCGAGAAGUAACAUCUGAAUCCGAUUCUAGCUUGGUAUAUGAAGAUCCAAUUGCUCCCUCACCACCAACGUGGCAAGAUGCAGCAAAAUCUAGGACUGCGACACUGGAAAGCAGAGGCAGACUUCCUGAUCGCAAUUAUGCACGCUAUAUUCAAGAAUUUGACCCUCUUUUUAUCAGUCAAACUGCAGAGCGAAGAGAUUACUGUCGAGGCUUAGAGGUAAUUCCCUCCAACAUCGAAGAUUCGGACCAGCAGAGAAUUGCUCGCAGUAUCAAGCAGACCGUAGACAAAAUGACCAAGAACCUGUACCUUUCGUCCUUCUCGGAAGAGACCACAGAAGAGCGGGACGAGGAGCUUCAGGAGGAAAGUUAUCCAAGUGAACUUGAGUAUAAAUAUAGCCUCGGCUCUGACGAUUUGUGGAAGACCGUUGAGAGUAUUUCUGCUAAUUCGCUAGGGGAAACAUCAGCCGUUACAGUGAUACGCAACAACAUAAGCUCAUUCAAGAACAUAGAGUUUUGGGAAGGGCCUAUGUAUGUCAGGUAUCCUCAAUCAGGGGCAAAAUGGCGUCACGUGGUAUACUUUCCAACAGGAAGCCUUGCACUUUUGGACAUUCGCAAGCAAAACAAAGGCGAAUAUUCGGAUACGAUAACAUACUGCCCAGAGGAAUCUUGCAUUUACGUUCAUCUAUGGGGAAAACUUCCUGAACCAGAGUCAGACCUCAGUGUUCGCGUUAGAUACCCAGAGACAGAGACUCGAUGGGCACGAACACAGAUAUACGACAGUGGCGAUCUCGCAAUGGCUGAUAUGAACCAACAGAACCUUGGCGAGUUUUCAGAAAUCAGAUACGAUGCUUCUGAACGCGUCUUUCAUGUUUACACCUGGGGUGAUGUUAUUGAAGCAUCUCAUGGUAGUGUUCACGUUGACUACCCAGAAGCGAAUACUCGAUCGGCUCGAACACAGAUUUUCCGCAACAAGGAUCUCGCAAUGGCAGAUAUGUGUCUACAAAGCCGUGGAGAGUUUGCAGAAGUCAGAUACGAUGCUUCCAAGCGCCGUUAUCGUGCUUUUGCAUGGGGUGACGUUAUCGAUACACCCGACAGUUAUGUCCGCGUGGAUUUCCCGGAACCAGAGAUAGAGCGGGAUGUUCGUGUCGACUACCCAGAAGCAAAUACUAGAUGGGCUCGAACACAAAUGUACGAAAAUGAUGAACUGGCAAAGGCUGAUAUGCGUCUACAAAGCCGUGGAGAGUUUUCAGAAGUCAGAUACAAUGCUUCCAAGCACUGUUUUCGUGCUUUUGCAUGGGGUGAUAUCAUCGAUUCAUCCGAUGAUUAUAUCCAUAUAGAUUUCUUAGAACCAGAGAUAGAGCGGAAUGUUCGUGUUGACUAUCCAGAAACAAAGACUAGAUGGGCUCGAACACAGAUGUACGAAACUGAAGAUCUGGCAAAGGCUGACAUUUCAAGAUUAAACAAUGGCGAGUAUUCCAAUUUUGUUUACAGUUCUCCCGAACGAAGAUUCCGUGUCGAAGCUCAGCCAAAAGUUCUUGGGUCUAUUUACAGGACGCGCGAGCGCGUAUGGAAACCGACGCUCUCGCCACUUGGUGAUCGAGACGAGAACGAGCAAGAUCUGCCAGACUUUUCCGAUUUAGAGAAGGACUUUCAACUUGUGGCCACGGAAUGGCUUCGAAGCUCUUCACCCGGAAUACAAUCACAGGAGGGAGCGGAAGAACUACUUGGUGAUGAUAGUGCAGGUAGCAAUGACAUGAGUCUCUGCGUGGAAGCUGGAACUCCUCGCAAGUCCAAUGAAGAGCUUGUUGCCGAAUUAUACAUGGGAAACCACUCUGAUCAAACGACGCCACUUUUGAGAGGCUCCAAGCAAAUUCUCCAAUAUUUGGAUAGCCUCAAUGGCAAACAUCCGACCAGCAAGAUACUACAUGCUAAAAAUGAUUUCCAGUUGAAUCGCAGGACUGCAACAAAAGCCUGGGCCGAGUCCGAAGAUGAUGAUAGAGAAUCUCGAUCGAUCGAAAAAGCUGCUCAAGGUGCUCGAGAUAUGACAAACGACCAUUUUGCCCAAAUCUCUCGCAGCAUACUGCUUGACGAUUAUUCGGACGAUGGAACUACAUCCCUAGGGAUCGAAAUUGUCGAGGAAAAUAGCAGAGAGAAUUCAGACCAAUCCUUCACACAAGGCUUUGAAUAUUCACAAUUUGCUGAUACAUUCGACGAGGGCAAAAAUUACGGGAUCUCAAUCCAAAUGGAUGAAGUUUCAGAAGAUGAAGAGGGCAUGGCCUCGAAUCCGGCGAAUGCGAACGAAAAUUUUAUCUUCGACUUCGGCAGGGAUAUGGCGCACCGGAGAGAGCGUUCGAAUGCAAUAAGUGGAGAAGUCCCUCCGGUGAUUUUGUCGUCGGACAAAUCGAAUGAAAAUAUAUACAUUGUUCCAAUUGACAACAAUGAUUUGUACGAAGAGAAUGCGGGUUGCGGCGAUCCGGAAUUACCGCCUUCCAGCGACACGGACUUGACAGGUGAUGCUUUGACGAAUUACAAGAUAGAUACUCAUCUUUAUAGUAUGAAUUUGACCAAGUCAGAGUUUGAAGGGAAGGAAGAGCAAUCCGUUUAUAGGCCAGGCCUUUGGGCGGGUACUUGUGCAAAAGUUCAAGAUACACGUAACGCAUCCGCAUGUACGGCAUCCUCUGUGUACAGUCAGCCAGGUCUUGAGUUCUCGUCUAUGUCAGCAACCAACACGGAGAAAGCCCAGUCAUCUGAGAUCCAGGGUGAGAGACAGAAGGAUUCUUUCACAGGAAAUAAUCCCAAUAUCGAGGAUGGCGCUUUUCGUGUAGAAACAGUGUCACAAGAAUACAUAGACUAUGAGAUUCAUCCGCUAGCUACCACAAGAGCCAGCCCACAGCGAGCUGCCAUCAAGGCGAAUACCUUCCAUACUCGAAAUAUGAUGUUCCCAGCCUCAACCAAUCCAUUUUUGAAUCGACCUUCUUCUCCACACUCGCCAUUUCAACCCAUAGCGAGCUCUAAGCGGGCACAACCACAUACUCAGGGCCCGAGAAUCGUUACUCCGUCGGGUAAAGUAUAUAGUCCGGCCAAGGAAGAACAUAAGGUCUCGAAUCCUAUUCAGAGGAUUCAGACACCGGGACAUUCUCGGAGUGAGCAGAGGAGUGGGAAUUUGAGUAGGGAUCUGAAUAGGGAUCUGAGUGGUGACGAAACGGAAUUUAGUGAGGAUUUUGGGGAGGAGCUGGAACCGAUGGGGAAGGGAAGGUAUGCUGUGAGAAGUGCUCGUGGAGAUGGUUCGGUCUCGUCGGUUUCGGUGGAUGAGGCGUUUUGA